AUGCCAACGCGGCAUAUUCUGGGGGAGCGUGUCCUGAACCCCUCCAGCCUCACCGAUCAGUUAAAGGUCUUAGGAACAAACCUGGGAUUUCCGGGGGAAGAAGGAAUUCUGCCUCAAGGCUGUGGCAAAGGUUUAGACUCAGAGCUUUAUAAUGGUCAGUGUGCUUCUGGUUGGGCUUUUAGUGCAGCUGGUGCCUUCGAAGGACGGAUGUUCCGGAAAACUGGCAAACUCGUGUCUGAGCAGAACCUGCUGGACUGCUCUUUGUCUCAAGGCAACGAGGGCUGCCAUGGUGGCCUGAUGGAUUAUGCCUUCCAGCAUGUUCGGAACAACGGAGGCCUGGACUCAGAGGAAUCUGAUCCAUAUUGUGCACAGGACGGAUCCUGCGAAUACAUGCCCGACUCUUCUGCUGCCAACGUCACUGGCCUCGUGAACAUCCCUCAGCAGGUGGCGUCCCUUCUGGUGGCCGUGGCAGCUGUGGGGCCCGUCUCGGCUGCUAUCCGGGCAAGCCUGGAUCCCUUCCGGUUCUAUAAAGAAGGCAUUUAUCAUGAUCCAAACUGCAGCAGUGAAGACCUGGAUCACGGUAUUCUGGUGGGUGGCUAUGGCUCUCAAGGAGAAGAACCCGAGAACCAAAAAUACUGGAAUGUCAAGAACAGCUGGGGCACGGACCGGGGCACUCAAGGCUACAUGCUGUUGGCCAAGGACCGGGACAACCAGUGUGGAAUCGCCACCAUGGCCCGCUUUCCUGUCAUGUGA